AUGGAAAAAAAGUUCGUUCGGGAGUUUGUGCUCUUAAAGGAGCUUAAAGAUUUGCCCUCGGAUUCAAGGCCAGUGAAUGCAUCUGAGAGUAACAUUAAGCCAAUGACAAUAUUAUUGGAAAUUACCGUCGAUAACCAGAAGGUUCAAAUGAAAAUGACAGAAAAGGACGAAGGGUCGAUGGAUGAGACAGAGGAAGACCGGUCGAUGGACGAGAAAAAGGACGAAGGGUCGAUGGACGAGAAAAAGGACGAAGGGUCGAUGGACGAGAAAAAGGACGAAGGGUCGAUGGACGAGAAAAAGGACGAAGGGUCGAUGGACGAGAAAAAGGACGAAGGGUCGAUGGACGAGAAAAAGGACGAAGGGAUGGACGAUGACAGGGUCGAUGGACGAGACAAAGGACGAAGGGCCUUCGAAGGACGAGAAAGGACGAAAUGGACGAGACCGAAGAAGGGUCGAUGGACGAGAAAAAGGACGAAGGGUCGAUGGACGAGGAAAAAGGACGAAGGGUCGAUGGACGAGAAAAGGACGAAGGGUCGAUGGACGAGACAAAAAAAGGACGAAGUGGCCUGGAUGGACGAAAGUAAGCACGUCCGCCGAAGCGGGCUGGAUAAGACGUAG